UCUGCACAACAGAGCACCAUAUAUGGCAAUGAUCUGACGUAAUGGGCCACUGGCUAGAGGAUGCAAAGAGCACAUCUCUCAUUGUUUGGCGUUACUGUCGGAAUGUUCACAUCGCUGAUCACUGGAAGGCUACAUCGCACCAUCAUACUGCCUCAGUGCUCUCAUUCCCAGAAACGAGCAAUGGAACUUCACAAUCUGCAGGCUUCAGAUUGAAAAAGCUAAUUGACCAAGAAAAGGCCUACCAAGUGAAAAAGGAUCAAGAAAAUGUCAAAAAAAUUACAAAGUUAAAAGAAGAGCUUACCAAGCUGAAAUCAUUUGCAUUGGUACUGGUGGAUGAACAGCAACGGCUUUCAGAGCAGCUUAACCAACAGAAUCAAAAAGUUCAAGUUCUAUCAGUCACUGCACAGCAAGCUCAGGAGAAAUUAACAGCCUCAGAGGAAAAGACAACAGAAGAAGAAAAUAAAGUGUUUGCUCUUGAAAUUGAGCUGCAAACCCAAUCUGGUAGAUUUUAUCAAGAGCAGGAAACAAUAAUGGCCAAAUUGACCAAUGAGGAAAGUCAGAAUCGACAGCUUCGCCUAAAACUUGCCACACUCAGCCGACAGAUAGAUGAACUGGAAGAGACUAAUAAGUCAUUGAAGAAAGCAGAAGAGGAACUGCAGGAUUUAAGGGAAAAAAUAAACAGAGGGGAAUGUGGGAAUUCCAGCUUGAUGGCAGAAGUGGAAGAGCUGCGGAAGCGGGUGUUAGAAAUGGAAGGAAAGGAUGAGGAACUCUUAAAAAUGGAGAAGCAGUGCAAGGAUCUCAAUAGAAAAAUAGAAAAGGAAGAAAGCCACAGCAGGAACCUAAAAACUGAGGUAGAAAAAUUAAAGAAGAGAAUAAUGGAAUUGGAAAAAUUAGAGGAUGCCUUCAGUAAAAGUAAACAAGAAUGUUAUGUGCUUAAAUGUAAUCUAGAAAAAGAGAAGAAUUUAACAAAGAAAUUAGAAAAUGAACUAGAAACCUUAAAAGUUAGAGUCAGGGAGCUUGAAGCAAUUGAAAACAAGCUGGAGAAAACGGAAUUAGCCAUGAAGGAGGACCUAAGCAAGCUUAAAACAUUAACUGUGAUGUUGGUUGAUGAAAGAAAAAACAUGGCAGAGAAGAUGAGACAAACAGAGGAUAAAUUUCAAAAUGCAAAUACCCAACUUCAAAUAGAGGAAAAUAAAGUUACAGUUGUGACAGAGAAACUAAUCGAGGAAAGUAAAAAGGCAUUAAAAUCCAAAGCAGAAUUGGAAGAGAAAACAUACAGCUUGACCAAAGAAAGAGACGAGUUUAAAAAGAAGCUAAAAGUGGAGGAAGAGAGAGGAAAUGAUCUUCAGUCCAAGUCCAAUCUCUUGAAGAAAAGACUCCAGUCCCUUGAAGCAAUAGAAAAGGAGUACCUCAAAAACAAAGGAAAACAAGACUUUGAGAAAUCUCCUAAACAUAUACAACAGGAUGAUAAUAAAGUAAGAGAAUUAACUUGUGAGGUUGAAAGACUUAAGCGCAAAUUGAAAGAUAUGCAGGUUGUAGAAGAUGAUCUAAUGAAGACAGAAGAUGACUAUGACUUACUGGAGCAUAGGUAUUACAAUGAACAACAGGAGGUAAAAUUAUUGUCAGGGGAGCUUGAGGCCGUGAAGAAGGAAUUAGCCAGAUAUAAGCUCGUGGAAAAAGCUGAAUCAAGCAAUGAACGAAAUCUGUUUGACAAACUCAGUGAGGAACAGGCAAAAUCUAGCCAUCUAACAAGAGAAGUGGAAGCCCUCAAAGACAAGAUUCAUGAAUAUAUGGCAACAGAAGACUUACUAUGUCAUUUUAAAGCAGAGCAGACAUCACUGCAGAAAAAGCUGACUCAACAGGAAAACCGAAACAAAGAACUAUCAAGAGAAACUGAAAAUCUUACCAAAGAACUGGAGAGAUAUACACGGUUCAGCAAGAGUCUUAGGCCUGGCAUGAAUGGCAGGAGAUUAAGCGAAUUACAGCUGUGCUCGAAAGAGAUCCAAACUGAUGCAUUGGAUAGUGAACCACCUGACUACAAAAGCCUUAUUCCUUUAGAAAAAGCAGUUGUAAAUGGAAAGAUAUGUACAGAAAGUGAAGAAACCGAUUACAAUUCUCAAGGUGAUCAAUCCUUGCAAGUGAACUACAAUUCAUUAACAGUAAAUAGUGUCAAUAAUAAAAAGUCAUGGACACCGUGGAUGAAGAGCAAGGAAACUUGUGCACAAAAUGGCAAAGCUGUAACCAAACAGAAUGGAAAUCUGGUGCAGCCUGGUGAAAUGGUGCUUACUCAGAAACCAGGCCAGCCUCUUCAUAUAAAAGUAACACCAGACCAUGGGCACAGCACAGCUACUCUUGAAAUCACUAGCCCCACUUUAGAAAAUUCAUUCUCUUAUACGAGUACAGCAGUCAUCCCCAACUGUGGUGUUCCAAAGCAAAGAAUAACCAUUCUUCAAAAUGCCUCAAUCACACCUGUAAAGUCAAAGCCAUCAGAUGCAUAUUCCACGCCAGAACGUGCCCUGACACCCCUUUCCAGGACUACAAGGUUGAAAUCGAGAACUUCAGAUUCAUGUGGCUCAAUGACUUCAGAAAGGACAAUGUCACCAGUACAAAUUGUUGCAGUAACUGCAAGCUCGCCAGAACAAGCUCUGUCCCCUGAACCAAUGGAAGUUGCUACAGCUCAUACGAUCUUCAGAGUAUCGCCUGAAAGAAUACAAGGGCGUCAGAUACAAAAGUCAAAUACAAGUGCUAAUGUAAUUACAACUGAAGACAAUAAAAUCCAUAUUCACUUAGGUAGUCCCCACAUUCAAACAGCUACACCUGUCUCAAGACCAAUGAGCCCAUGCAGUUCAAUCCAGGAGAUCAGGACUCCAGCUAUAACUAAUGGGACACCAAAUAAGUCAACCAGUAAAAUCACCAGCAGUAUUACUAUUACACCAACAACCACUUCUGCCCCACGUCAUGCACAAAUUACAGUAAGUAAUGUCUAUAAUUAAUCUCCCUUCCCCACCCCAAGUCCCAGUGAAAAAUAACAGUGCUCUUAUUUUCCAUGUUAGAAGAUCCACUUACAUUUACCUGCAUCUUCUGUUUUAAUUUGAGACUGGUUUGUGCAUGUCAUUUAUAAACCCUGCACCUAAUCAACCUCCUUCUGGAUUUGUGUGUUUAGUAAGACUGUGUGUUUAGUAAGACUGUGGGUACAUACUAUAACCUGUAACUCCUCAACAUAAGAGACUUGUAUUAAACGGUCAAUCACCAUUUAAUCUGCACUGUAUAAAAAUGGAACAUUGUAUUUGCUUCGAACAUUAAAACAAAAAAAUUUCAGACACAAAUUGUUAUAGAGAAAAACAACUCAUGAGUAACAGUAAACACUAGAAUGAGUUUGUUGAGUUUCCUUUUUUUCCUCUUUUGCAUGUUUACAAAUAUAUUUCAUUACUGGAAGAGGUACUUUUGAGAUAUGCUGUUCUGAAAUUGUCUUAAAUCAUCUAUUUGUAUUUUGGAAAUGGGAGCUGCUACAGAUUGUUUCACUCCUGAAUCCAAGUUCAGUUGCAGCUUUUGGAAUAAACAUUUCAUCUGCUGACUGGGAAUCAUAUCCAAAUCUCAGACCUUGAGAAUAUAUUGUGGAGUAAAGCACAUUGACAAGAAUAUUCAACACAUUCACCCAAAAUUUCUUCCUGCUUUUAGAAGAAAGCAUUAACCAAUUACUUUUAAAUGGAUCAAUGCUCUAUUAAAAUACCAGAAGAGCUCAAAAACAAAUGUGGUAAGCAUUCACGUAAUCAUCGCAAUGUAAAUUCAAUGUUAUAGUGAUUAACAACACAAAAAUGUUCAUAAUGCAGGACAAACAAUAUCAGAUAAACAAAAGGACAACUAGUGUGGAAAUGAAAAAGAAAUUAAGUGGUUUAGAAUGUGUGGGCUGUUGAGAGUGAGAUUAAAACACAUCAUGGGACAGAAUAAAGGGAGUGUUUAAUACUUAAUGUGGGAGAGCUUCAUGCUUUCGUGAUUUGCACAAAGACCUGAGAAAGUGAUCCAGUUUUCAAUAUUAACAUCCCACACAUGUGGAAAACUUUACAAGCGAGAUAGCCAUUUAAAAUUCUGAGACUGAACAGAACUGAAUUUGAUGAUUAGAAAAUCCAUUAAAUAAAGAAAUGGACGAAAUGUACAUGCUGGAAAAUGAAGCUCAAUAAACACUGAAUCUCACAAAGUACGUUGUAUUAGAUGAGCAAACUUAUUGGUCUAGAAUUUGCUGUAAUAAUAAAAGGUAAGAAUGGCAGUGCUCAGUGUUGUUACUGGGGAAAUUGAACAGCAAGUUCUGGCAUUCCAGCAUUCACAGCUAAAAGCAGAAAUCUGGAAUCUGUCAGUCAGGGAUACAGUGUCCCCUUAUGGUGUCUCCUGUUGCAGCCUUCAACAACAGAAUCAUCACCUCUUAAUCUGAUUCCUUCCAAAGAAAAUUAAUUGCUGCAGUCUUUAAAAACAUUAUUAAAUCUUAUUUGUUUUGUUUCA